UCAGCUACUCCAAAACCUCGUCCCCUCGGUCUCAUCGAAAACCCCCUCGUUUUAUUUCCGCAGCUCCCUCUCCUCCUCCGCUCCACCACCCUCUGCUUGCCCAAGCAGCACGCGCAUCGCGCUCCCAGAUCCCCCCUCCCGCAUUCCCCGAGGCCAGGCUUAGCUGGCAGUGAAGAAGAUGAGUACUUCAGCAGCUGCUGGUGUGAAGAUGGUGGCUGCACGCCCCUGCAUCUCGGCCUCACAAGGAAUGCUCGCCUCGAGGGCAGCAGUUUCCAGGAUUGAAACCACUGCUAGAUUUGCAAGCUGCCCCAAAAUCUUCUGCUCCAGGCCUCUCAGUUCUAAGCGCACUGGUUUUGUUGUAAGGGCAAUGUCAGGAGAGAGUGGCCCACAGGCGCUUCCCAUUGAUCUCAGAGGCAAAAGGGCAUUUAUUGCUGGAGUUGCUGAUGAUAAUGGCUAUGGAUGGGCAAUUGCAAAAGCUCUUGCUGCAGCUGGUGCUGAAAUUCUUGUUGGUACAUGGGUGCCGGCACUUAACAUAUUUGAGACAAGUCUGAGGCGUGGAAAGUUUGACGAAUCACGCAAGCUGCCAGAUGGAUCUCUUAUGGAUAUUGUUAAAGUCUAUCCACUUGAUGCUGUCUAUGAUUCCCCUGAGGAUGUUCCUGAAGAUGUCAAAUCGAACAAAAGAUAUGCUGGAUCAUCAAACUGGACUGUUAAGGAAGUUGCCGAAUCAGUGAAGAAUGAUUUUGGUAGCAUUGACAUACUUGUGCAUUCUCUUGCUAAUGGUCCUGAGGUAACAAAGCCUUUAUUGGAGACAUCAAGGAGAGGCUAUCUUGCUGCGAUUUCAGCAUCCAGUUACUCCUAUGUUUCAUUGCUUCAGCACUUCCUUCCUAUAAUGAAUCCAGGUGGUGCUAGCAUCUCAUUAACAUACAUUGCAUCUGAAAGGGCAAUUCCUGGAUAUGGUGGUGGCAUGAGUUCUGCCAAAGCAGCUCUUGAGAGUGAUACACGGGUGCUUGCUUUUGAAGCUGGACGGAAAGGCAAAAUCAGAGUCAACACCAUAUCUGCAGGUCCUCUUGGGAGUAGAGCUGCUAAGGCAAUUGGAUUUAUUGAGAAGAUGAUAGAGUACUCAUAUGUCAAUGCACCACUGCAGAAGGAACUGUUGGCAGAUGAGGUGGGGAACACAGCUGCAUUCCUGGUGUCUCCAUUGGCUUCUGCCAUCACAGGCUCGACCGUGUAUGUCGACAACGGACUCAAUACGAUGGGGCUUGCAGUUGACAGCCCUACAAUAACAUCAUAGGCAUGGCCGAGGUAGAUAGACGGGCUUUCCUGCUUCUUUGCGGCGUGAUUCUUGAAUAAAGACCUUAAUUAGUUAGUGUGAGAGGUAAGGGCAGGAAAGGUUAAAAAAUAUAUAAGAAGAAACUGGCCUUAUGCCGCCUUUGGUGUUCGGAGGCCAUAUUAAUGUAAUUUUCAUGUUGAUGGGUACUUGGUAAAUGCUACGAUGUGGUUUGAAAUGAUUGAAGCAGUCCAGUAAUCCCUUUUGGUCCA